GGCAUUUGCAGCUGUACUACAUUUCCCGUCUAGUCAACCAAAUCAAGGUACUCACUUUAGGUAAGGCACCCUCCGCUGCUAUUGUAUCAAUAUUGACCGUGUCAUAGAAACUAUACAAUGCCAUAUCAUGUUUGCACUCAGGAGCAAGUACGCUAUGCCUGCGGGCAUUCGAAGGAUGGCCAAUUUGUGAAAUGUGAGAAGCAUGCGAACAAUGAGGGGUUGAGGUGCUCGAGCACACAGUUACAGUAUAAAGAAGUCAAAGUUUCAACCCAUAGAUGCCGGUCAUGUCUGCAGAGCGCUUGAAAGGCCCGACGAGUAGGUCUCUAUUACCCAUAGAAGCGCGCUAUGAGUAACCAGACCAGGAACUUAACGCUUGCCGAUGCCGGAUUCGUCUUUCAAUUUGAUUGCAAGGGUUUCCAUCUCACUCUCAGCUGUUUCCGGGUCCACCGUUUCUUGAACAAUGGAGUUUUCAAAGUCAAAAACCUUUGCACCGUCUUUUGUUAUCA